UGGCGGAAGUGGGAAGAGGAGAAAGCCGAGUGGUUUUAUUAUCCAAGGGUCUUGAGCCUUAGGACUGGGUGCUAAUUGUCGCUGAAUAGCUCCGAGGUGCUCGGGUGGAUAUAAUUCUCCGCUUUGCGAGAAGAGACUAGAGCGCGCGCGUAGGUGUGUUUCUGAUGUGUAUCCUGUGCUUUAUUUGACUUGGGACUCUGAAUUCAUUUUUGUCGUCUUCAACUUAAUCAGACACCAUGGAGGCACCUCCAGUCACUAUGAUGCCUGUCACUGGGGGCACCAUUAACAUGAUGGAGUACCUGUUGCAGGGAAGUGUUUUAGAUAACAGCUUGGAAAGCCUUAUCCACCGCCUUCGUGGUUUGUGUGACAACAUGGAACCUGAGACUUUCCUUGACCAUGAGAUGGUAUUCCUCCUUAAGGGCCAGCAGGCCAGUCCAUUUGUCCUAAGGGCCCGGCGCUCUAUGGAUAAGCCAGGGGCACCCUGGCAUCUGCGCUACCUGGGACAGCCAGAAAUGGGAGACAAGAACCGCCAUGCCCUGGUGCGAAACUGCGUGGACAUUGCAACAUCUGAGAACCUCACUGACUUCCUGAUGGAAAUGGGUUUCCGCAUGGACCAUGAGUUUGUCGCAAAGGGACACUUGUUCCGUAAGGGCAUCAUGAAGAUUAUGGUGUACAAGAUCUUCCGCAUCCUGGUGCCAGGGAACACAGAGAGCACUGAGGCCUUGUCACUCUCCUAUCUUGUGGAACUAAGUGUUGUUGCAGCAGCUGGGCAGGACAUGGUCUCUGAUGACAUGAGGAACUUUGCUGAGCAGCUGAAACCUCUGGUUCAUCUAGAGAAAAUAGACCCCAAAAGGCUCAUGUGACUAAGACAGUCUGUCCACUACUGGGGCCCGUCCUCACCCGUUACAAAGAAGAAGACGUUACACAUGCCCCGUUUCACCACUGCCAGCCAGGCAUUCUUCCUGGAAGGAAGGAGGACAGUGAGAACUUAGUUGGUUCUUUGCACUGCUGUACUCAUGUGGCAAGAUCACUUUUGUGCAGGCUUUCUAAAUUAAAGGCUCAGGAUAACAUGCGGAAUCUAUCUAAUCCCUGUGCAUAAAGAGAGGAACCUGGAAUAAAUUAGCUUUUGGAAAUAAAAAUCUCUUAAUUAUUUUGGCAUUUGUGUAUAAGGUUGGUAAAAUAGAGACUGUGAGCUUGUAUUAUGUGGUAAUAAAGGUUAUGAAGAGAAAUGUCUAUAAUUCUGAUUCUUUAUUAUU